AUGGCACUGACUGAAGACUAUGAAUAUCUCAUUUAUGGAAAUUUCCGUCUCCUCUUCCUGGUGUUAGAAUGCCUGCUCCUCAUCCCGACAGUCUAUAUUUGUACCCGUGUUGUGUGGGAUACAAUUCUAUUCUUUGUCGUUGCUGUCUCUCUUCCAAUUCUUAUCUAUGAUAUCAUGAAGAUUAUCAAGAAUGGAUGCAUGUUUAUUCCGCAUUAUGAACACUCACUGCAACCAAUCUUUAUCCAAAUCGACUAUUUCCUGCAUAAUCUCAUCCAUAUCACAUUUGUCAUUUGUACAGAAGUGUAUUUCCUCCAUCAUUCUCUAUCCAAGUACAAAUAUGAUUGGGCCCCAUUCGCGAUCUCGAUCCUUUUCGCGGGUUUUCUGGCCGCGUGUACAUGUUUUAUCGAUUCGAUCAUCACCAAUCUAUUCAUUGUCGGCUUCACAACGGGGACGAUCUCGGCUAUGAUACUCAUGAGCCUCGUCCGGAAGCUUCGCGCGAAUAUAGAGGGCCACCGUCAGAAUCGUCAUACGCCAAUGGAAAUGGCUCUAUUCUCUGUCUACGCCACUACACCAUACACACUCAAUGGUUUACAGUUUUUGCUGUCCUUCGUCUCGAUCAUUGCCCGUGCGAAGGCAGAUUCCGGCUCAGAAUUUGGUCUCUGGGAUGAGAGUGUCCAUGCAUAUGCUGCUUAUUUGAUGGAACUCAGACCAUUGGCCAUUCUCUCGCCGAUAUUCAUCUGGAUACCGCAUUUUAGGGACCAUUUCUUCGGUGCAAUCAAGAGGAUAUUGCCAAAAGAACUGGAAGAUGUGGAAGUGGCAAAGAGAGAUCGAAGAAUGACAAUUCGGCUGGCUGCAUUUGCCAUACAGGCCAUACAAAAUCAUGAUAUUCACGAA